UUUUUUAUUUUUGUGUUAAUUGCUAUUUGUUUAAUUUGCUUUGAUUUUAGUUGAAUAAGAAUUACAGGCCGGUAGUAGUUAAUUACAUUACUUAUUUUUCGUGUAGAAAGAAGAUUUUGAAGAUAAGGAGACAUGGAGAACCCUAGUGCUAGCAGAGGACCCUCCAAAUUGGAGCAAACCCAGCAACAAGUGAAUGAGGUUGUCGGUAUUAUGAGGGUGAAUGUUGAAAAGGUUUUGGAAAGAGAUCAAAAACUAUCUGAACUAGACAGCCGGGCAGAUGCUCUUCAAGAGGGAGGAAAACGGUUCGAACAACAAGCUCAAAAGCUGAAACGGAAAUAUUGGUGGAAGAAUAUCAAAAUGAUGAUCAUCAUGGGUGUUAUUGGAGCUAUUAUUUUGAUCAUUAUUAUUGUAUCAAUUAGCAACUCCUUGAGUGAUGAAACACCAGCUGUUACAACUCCUAGACCACUAUCUCCACCUUCUUAAAACAUUCAACACAUUUGCCGUAUAAAUGAAGUCUUGGUCGUUGCAUCAAUAUUUAGUUUUUGUUUUUACAUAAUUAUUUCUUAUAAAAUAAAGGAGGUACAAAAAAACAUAUAAAUUUAAUAUAAUUUCAAGAUAUACCAAUUUUCUUGUUAUACAAAGUCUUUAAUAAUAUCCAUAUCCCACGUGACCAAAUUAAUGUCACCUCAUGGCUAAAAGUAAUAUUAAUAACUUUCUUGUUUUAAAAAAAGAUCACUUUUAUAUGGAUAUUGUUCGAGGUUUUGUACUUGUACAUUCCCAAAUCUUUAAUAAAACAAUUUCAAAUAAAAAAAAGAAAUACUUAAAAAUGAACAGUAUUUUGAAAUUUUUUCUAGGCGUUGUAUUUCUUAAAGCCAAUUUUACAGUUUUUAACUGUCCUCUUUCAAUAAUUUGAAAAACUGAAUCUUGCUUAUUUGUUUAUUACUUUUUACUUAAAUAUAUAGUUUGAAUUAAAAAUGUUUUUGGAAUGUACAUUCUCGUCAGAUAUAUUUCAAGAAAUAUUUUCAGUUCCAUGUUGCUUCCAUUUAUUGUUUCUUAAUAUGAAAUGUUUAUUUUAAUAUCUACUUACACCUAGUUGAAAUAAUGUUUCUUAGGUUCCAUUGUAAUAUAUCUGAAGAUGUUACUGUUUAAAUCAUUUUGUUAAAAAAAAAAAAAAUUAGAAAUGGUGGGAAAACGAAUCAAAGUUGGAACAACUCGUUUAUUCCUGCUUUUUUGAUAGGUUGUACUUUAAAUGCCUUAAUAUGUGCCUUGAACUUUACAAAAGACAAUUACGCACUUUAUACAAGAGCACACAACUUGAAACGGAAUACAAUAAUUUUUUAUAGUUACUUUUAAAUGAUAAAAACAUUACUGAAAUAUAAAUGUAAAGUUGUAAACAUUCAAAAUUUUUAUUUGUACAAGAAAUGACAUGAUAUGUUUAAUUUUAAUUGAAUUCUUCACUUUAAUAUACAAACGAAUUAAAAUUUUGAAUUACCAAUUUAGGUUUACUAAAAUAUAAUUUUAGUCAUUACAUAAAUGUCCCAUUUUAAUCCUGACCCUCAGGGUUAACAUUAAUAUAUAUACAUUUAAGCUCAAGUCAAUAUACACAUAUACAUUUUUUUAGAAGUCCCCAGAUAAGAAAAUAAUCGAUAGCAGUGGGGAAACUAAAUCUUGGACAUUUGAAGUGGAUAAAUUCUUCCUGGUACUGCAUGAUGAUGAUAGGUUAACUGCGAUUAUUGUUCAUUUAUUUCUUCAAUUACAGCUGUGUCAUAUCUUUUAUAGUUGGAAUAUCCUGGGUUAUUACUAUUGCACUCUGGACAUAAGCUUUGCAUGUAAUUAAAUUUGUUUGUGUCUGUUUUAUGUAAAAACCCCAAAAUUAAAAUAGAUGUACAAUUUGGGACUUUGUUCUUGUUGAAUUCAUUCAAUUUUUUGUAUAUUUGGGUUUUUAAAUGUAACUUGUGUUUCUGUGGCUUGAGCUUACCUGUAUAAAUGCAUUUAGUUACAGAAAAUAACCUUAUGAAAUUAAAAUCUAGUAUUAUAUUUUGUAACAUAAGAUUUUUGAUGGGAAUUUAUAAUCAUAAUGUUAUAUUAGAUUUAAUUCAGUGUCUAUGUGAUAGAGGAAAUAUAUUUAGUCUAAUAAAUAUUUAUUUUAAAAUGUUGAAA